AUGAUCGCCCACCCGAAAGUCGACCAGGUGUCCGGCCACCUCCACACGCUCAGCUACGACUUCGUGAAGAGGCCUUACCUGAAAUACUUCCAAUUCUCCGCCGACGGGGAGAAGUCUCCAAACGUGGAAAUCCCUCUGGCGGCGCCCACAAUGAUGCACGACUUCACCAUCAUCGAAAACUUCGUCGUGAUUCCCGACCAGCAGGUGGUGUUCAAGCUGCAGGAGAUGAUCACCGACGACCCGCCGGUGAUCUACAACAAGAACAAGAAAUCCAGGUUAGGAAUUCUGGAGAAAAAUGCCACAAACGCUGAUGAUAUUAUUUGGGUUGAAUGCCCGGACACUUUCUGCUUCCACUUGUGGAAUGCGUGGGAGGAGCUUCAGUCUGAUGAGGUGGUUGUGAUCAGGUCAUGCAUGACUCCACCAGACUCGAUAUUUAAUGAGAAUGACGAGUGCUUGAAGAGUGUGUUGUCCGAAAUCCGGCUCAAUAUGAAAACCGGCGAGUCGACUCGGAGGCCGAUUAUUUCGGAGGAGUUGGAGCAUGUGAACUUAGAGGCCGGAAUGGUGAAUCGGAACCGGCUCGGGAGAAAAACUCGGUAUGCUUAUCUCGCCAUUGCUGAACCGUGGCCGAAAGUUUCUAGCUUCGCCAAGGUGGAUCUUUUUACUGGCCAAGUAAAAAAGCAUAUUUACGGGGAUAGGAAGUUUGGUGGUGAGCCCUUCUUUCUUCCUUCGGGUUCAUGUGGGGAAGAAGAUGGUGGGUAUAUCCUGAGCUUUGUUCAUGACGAGAAGACGUGGAAGUCGGAGCUUCAGAUUGUGAAUGCGUAA